GUGGCAAGACUGGCAGGAUGGUCAAGGUUUCUUGCUCCUCUGGUUCUGGCAACACUGUCAUCACAUUUGCUCUUCCUUUAAAAAUUACGAGAAAAUAAGCGUGAUGGUAUUUUGGAAUGGAAUUUGUCAACAGCCUUUCAUACAGUUUUGGCAGUUACAGAUGCCUAGUGUGCCUAGUAGGAGCAUUUUGCCCAGCUAUGUAAAGAUGAAAAAACAGCCAUUUUAUGAUGAAAAACAAACAUUUCUCUGGUCUUUCUAUCUAUCACCAGUAUUUAGUUACCAGAGGAGUUAUAGAUUUGUUGCUGAUCAGGAGACUGCCAGAGCUGUCACCAAAGAUGACAAUAAGAUUUUGCUGAGGUUCUGCUUGAUGGAUUUGUCAGGUGAACAAGAUGACAAGUUUCCCCCAGAACUCAAGGUCCUUGUCAAUGGAAUAGAACUUGACACUAAGGGUGGCCCAUUCCCGAUGGACAUCACGGCAUUGUGUAAAAUCACGUGUGAUGCACUCAAUCUUAUACAGGUAUCCAGUAUAGGACUUGGAAAUUACUAUGUAAUUUCUGUGUCAUUAGUGAAAAAGCUUACUGUCAGUAACCUUAUUGAAAAGCUAAAGACCAAGAAACCCUUAACAAUGCAAGACACCCAAACCCUAAUCAAGAAACAGUUAAGGGGAGAGACACUGAGUGAGGACACAACAGCAACAAUUAUCCAGUGUUCUCUGAUGUGCCCGCUAUCCAUGACCAGGAUAGUAGUUCCCUGUCGAGCUACGUCGUGCCACCAUAUACAGGUCUUUGAUGCUAUUGUCUACUUUCGGGUGAAUGAACUAAAAUCAAAUUGGAUUUGUCCUGUGUGUAAUUCUCCGGCACUCUUCCCCAGUCUUGUUAUUGAUGGGUAUUUUCAGAAGGUGUUGGAAGAAGCACAGACUUGUACAAGAGUGUCGCUCAAGGAGGAUGGUACGUGGACUCCAGUUCUAGUCGGUGACCAGCAAGAUGAAUCGGAGAAAUCUCAGAGAAUCACUAAAAAGAGGGCGAUUGAAGUCAUUACUAUUGAUAGUGAUGAUGAGGAUCAGUGUGCAGGGAAAGAGUUUGGGAGCACAGAACAGAAAGAAAUGGACCAUGGAAGUGAAGCCCAGACAGCAUUGUCCUCGUCCAAGCGUUGUCGUGGAGAGACUCAACCACUUGCUUCAGUUAAUAAGUUUGGGAGCACAGAACAGAAAGAAAUGGACCAUGGAAGUGAAGCCCAGACAGCAUUGUCCUCGUCCAAGCGUUGUCGUGGAGAGACUCAACCACUUGCUUCAGUUAAUAAUUUGGCAGCAAAGAAAAAGAGAAGGAAGCGUCAGAGGAAACGCUGGUAAUCGUGCAAGUUAGUUUUGGUCGGCACUGGAGACAAAUGGAAACUGCUUAAUUUACUCGCAAGUAAAGGCACAUGGGGAGUAAUGAUUUUCUAGGAUUUCAAUUCAUCUUUUUCUUAGAAAGGAAAACAACAAGUAGAACUGAAAAUAACUAGGAUAGAACUCUUUAUUUACACAUUGAAAUGCAACUAACACUUGCCAUUUUAACUGAGUCUGUGAAAGUGCUCUCUUGCUAUUUUAGUCACCUGUCUCUAAAUAUAUCUUGAUUAUUUCUUUAUUUUAAAAUAUUUUAUUGAGAGAUGCAAAAUAAGAUUGGUGAAGAGAUUUUUUGUGUUCAUAUUUUUUUAUUGCUAGGAAUUUUUCAGCAUGUACCUUGUGUUCAGAUGCAGCAAACAUUGUGAGGUUUUACAAGUACUAGUGAUUCCUAGUAUUGGAACUGAACAGAGAAGUCUGUUAUAUAUCGAUGUCCUGUUACAUAUUUUUAUCUACAGUUGUUUUAAACAUAAUGUAAAUAAUGAACCCUUCAAAUAUUUUUAUCUACAGUAGUUUUGAACAUGAUAUAAACAAUAAAAACUUCAGAUAUUUUUAUCUAUAGUAGUUCUGAACGUAAUGUAAAUUACGAAGCCUUCACAUGAACCAUAUGACAAAUAAAAGACACACAACUGUGGCUGGAACAAUUUACAAACAGCUGGCACUUAACAGAGGAAGCUUAUGACGUGUUGGUCUGCCCAGCUGCAUCUUAAUGUCAUGACUUAAUUGCUGGCAGUUUAUGAACAGGUGGUAGGUUUGAAGGCUUCAUCAGUGGUUACUUAGUGAAGUAUGAAUCUUUAACCCUUUGACUGUCGAAGGGCCCAAUCCUGAAGUUGCUCCUGGUGUCGCAAAAUAUUCGAAAAAAUAAAAAAUUAUUUUUUCUUAUGAAAUGAUAGAGAAUCUUUUCCCGAUUGUAAAGACACCAAAAAAACGAAAUUUGAUGGAAAACUGACGGAAUUAUGCUCUCGCGAAGUUAGCGACUUCGGCGAUAUUUAAAAAUCGGCAAUUUCGCCCACUUUGAGCCCUAUUUUCGGCUAAUUCCGUUAUUCCAGUCAACCAAACUCAUAACUAUUUCUUCAGAACUCUAUUUUUUCUAUCGAUUGAGCACAAGAAACUGCCCAUUUACCGAUUUCAACUACCCAGUAACAUGGUCAGAAAUUUGCAAUUUGGCCAAUUUCACGAAAAUUAAAAAAUACGACAAUUUCAAAAUAAGGUCCAGAAUGAACAAUGCAGACAUUCCUGGCUCUAAAAUAAGAUUUUCUUUGUUCAUCAGUCAUGUCUCCAGGUCCCUGUGAUAUUACUCUUGCUUUUUAUUUUGAAAUUUUAUUCAAACAAAAAAUAGAAGAUUUACUGUUAUGCAGACUACUGCAAUACUUUAAUAAUUGUAAAAAUUACAUCAACCCAUUCAUGACUGCGUAUUAGAAUGGCUAUUUGGACAUUUAUUGGACAAUGACAUCAUUUGUUUACUUUUGAACAUCGGCAAAAAUCAAACAUUUCCUGUACUUUGUGCUCCAUUUCCAGGUUCUUUUUAUAGUAAAAUUAAUCAAAAUCACCUCCAUUUCUAUAAUAUAGUUUCCAUUCUAUCAAAUGAGACCAAGAAAACGAGAAUACAACCACAAAUACUAUACGAAAAUAGACCACAAAGUCGGCAUUUUAAUUAAAAAAAACGGUCGGAGUUUUUUUUUUCUCAUUAUGCACUGCGUGCUCCAGGAUUUUUUUUAUGUGGUGCACACUGACCACACAGACCCAUUCUCUCACAUGUGGGCCUACUAGCUUUCUCCUGCCUGAUUUGAAGCCGCUAGAAUUUAUGAGUAUAUAUACGUCAAACACGGUACCUCACAAACGUAUAUAUACGGCCGCGACAGUCAAAGGGUUAAAUUAUAAUUUGUGCCCUUGUGAUAGAGUAAAUAAGUUGCAAAUAGUAAGUUUGUACGUGAAAAUCCUUUCUAGGUGGAGAGGUCCUUGUUAUAGGGAAGGGGCUUCUAAUCCAAGGAAUUUAAAGUUUUCUCCCCAUCCUUGGAUCAAAUCUAAAUACUUUUCACUCCUUCCUUGCACUUACUCUUACUGACAUCAACAUGUCGGUUCUCUGAACCAUUCAUCUACUCUUCCUUGCUGAUAAUCCCACCUUUGAUGCAGAAUCUCAUUGACUUUCUAACAGAAACUAGGGUUUAGUGCUUAGUUAUCAUUAUAAUAAUAACAGAAACUAACUUCUUGUACCAACUUUCAUUUUAAUUUGCCUCUUGCACUCUCCCCUGCUUCCUUUACCUUAUCCUUGCACACACUAGUCCCUCACACUCUCAUAACCUUCACAUAUUCCUUCUUCAGCACGUCCCUCCAUGCUGUGCUAUAUGACCCUUUCAGGUUUUGCUCUUAAUUAUAUUAUUCCUUUGUCUCUUUUAUUUUGGUCUUUUUCAUGGAGAUUAUUUCCUUUUUUUGUGUGGGAAAUUCACCUUAUAUUAAAUUUUAUUUAUUAUGCCAACUCUAACUUUGCUUGUUGGUUCAUUAGUUAAUGAGCUAUCAGCUAAGGGUAUGCUGCCCUUAGCUGAUAGCUCCCUUCAGUGUUUUGAUACUGUGACCUGAACGUGUUGAGAGCACUUUGUGAAUAUAAUGACAAUCAAUGAUAACGUGAAAUACAGCUGAUAGCCUGAAGAAAACUGAAUUACUAUCAGCCUAAUUUAACAGUUUCCUGGUGGUAGUUGGGUCACUCCACUCCAUAUGCCGGAUGAUGCUGUGGGAAGACAUCCAUCAGGUGGCUAUCCAGCAGUCCCUCUGAUGACAAAAGUACAGUAAGAUCCCUGUAUCCGUGGGGAAUACGUUCCAAGGACCUGCCAUGGAUAUCGAAACCGUGGAUAGUAGCAAACUCUAUAUAUAAGCCCUAUACAUGCCUAUUAUAAAGUUUAAUUGAUAAAUUAUGCAUAAUAAGUGGAGAAUUAUCACUUCACUGAUGGGAAGCACUCUGAAGAACUGCCAGCUUUUCUACUUUUGCACCUUGGAGCCAUUAUUAUGCAAAAUUAAGAGGUAUUUUGGGCCACAGUAAACCGUGGAUAACUGAAAUCAUGGGUGCCGAAUCAGUGGAUAUGGAAGUUCUACUUAUACCAGUGAGGGUUGGUUGCAGAUCCCACUAACUCCCCCAAUACCAGGUGGCACUCUGGACACCUGGCAGAAUAUUAUGGAUCAUAGUCAGUAUAUCCAGUUGGCAGAGGUCCUAACAAUCAGUCCUUUGACCUUGUUGCAUUAACUGUGGCAUCUCCUUUGAGAAAGUGAAAUACUUCUGUCUGAAGGAAAAAAAAGAAGUCUGCCAUACAAUAUGGCAGCAACUCAGCUCAGUCACCAAGGAAAACUACCACAACUAUUCUGUCUCAGAGUUGCCCAACGCUUGAUACCUAGUAGAAAUCUCUUAACACACUCACCUCAGUAUGUAUUCAAAUUUUAAAAAAAUUCUCACCUCAGGUAAUUACAAAUAAGAAGCUCGUCUAUCUUGUGCUCGGCAGAUGGAGAAUCAAACCUUCACCACGUCUUGCGCUGAAUGACCCUUGUGGGUUUAGCGCUUAGCAUGAAUUAUUUUUAUUCCCUCUUCUUAGCCCACUGUAAUUUUCCAUACCACUGCACCCACUCCACCUGCUUCACCUAAUCCUUGAACCACAGCCUUAAAGAUUAAAAAAUCAAGCAGUCUUCAAAACUACCUUCCAACCUAUUUUCCCUUCAUGCUUUCUUUUCUGCAACCACUGAUCUUACAUCUGACAGCUGCAGCAAUACAUUCCUCCACAUCUUUUCAGUACUCCACUUGUGCCCACACAGACCCCCUGUCUCAAGAGACAACUAACCUUCCACAGCCUCUUUCUAGCCAGCUGCCAGUGUGUUUCCUCUCUGCUCCAGACCCUUUUGGGUCUAGCACUUAUGAUUAUAUUACUAUUCCUCUGCUCCAUGUUUAUCUUCCACCUGCAGUGCUGUAUAACUUUUUCAGGUUUAGUGCUUAAUAGAUUACAUUAUUAUUUUCUUCUUCCACCUCUUGAAUCACACUACCCUAACUACAGAAACUAUUGAAGGCAUACAGAAUUUAUUGAAGACACAAAGCUCAAAAUGGACCUCGACAGACUUUAACUUAAAUGAGGAACAUCAACAGGAAUGUGCUGUACAACCCUUUCCAGUUUAGCUCUUACCUUCUUUAUAUCAUUGUUCAACAGGAUUGUCUUCCAAAUCUAAAGGGACAAAUAUAACACAUGAUGCUGAUAGAAAUUAUCAGAAGCUGUAAUGGAUAACAAGACCAACAGCUUGCUUGCUCCAUAAGGUUAUCCCUUCAAGGAAGAUUCCUUGAUGUUGGUAAGGGGCUUUUAAUCUAGGGAAUUGGAUCUGUGCUGCAGUUCCUGAAUUAAGCC